UGACGGGUCUGUCGUCGUCAGCCAGAUCCACCCGCAGCUCAUGCCCGCUCUCUCCCUACACCUUCAACCUAACUUCACCAAACAAACUGCCAACCCACCGACCCACGACACUGCCAAGCCUUUUUCGUUUUCUUUUGUACUCUUUUCUUUCACCUCUCUUUGACUUACAUUUUGACGAUACGAACGAGCAGCGCGACGAUGAGGGCCACGUUCGGCCUGGCGGCGCUGUCCACGACAGCGGCCGCGAUCAUGAUACCCUCCACCAUCUCGGCACCCGACCUCUCCACCGUGUCGGCGACCAACCUCAAGUCAUUCGGUGUGGAUCCGAAGUCGCAGCUGCUGAAGGUGGACUGUCCAGGUUGCCUGUUUGCUCACAAGGACGGCUCCAACACGCUGACAUGGACCAAGGGCGUUGAGAACGCCUUGGUCCUUAACUUCAGCGUUGGCGAACAGCCAGAGACUCUUGAACUUAACGGAGCGCGAUUCUAUCCACCUGUGUUGACUUACGCCCUCCUGAACCCAGUUCCAUACGUUCCGCAGGUCCCCGCCGAUAUGGAGCUCACAGAGAUCCGGUCAAACAUGGACGCGUUGGCCAAGGAUGCUCUGCGACUGACAAGCUGGGCAUUCCAAGUUGGCAGGUCGCAGACCAUUAGCGAGAGCGGCGAGGAGAUUCUGACAAUCCACCUUCAGCUCAAGGCGUUGGAGAAGCAGCCUAUCUCGGUCCCAGAUCUUACCCUCACCCUUCUUAAAAACACAGACGGCGAGCUCAUGCUCAUGAAGAUCGAGACGCAGAGCAGGAAGAAGACCGCGGAGAAGGAGUGUAAGGGCUGGCCACUGCUCUGUAAGUGGAAGGCUAUCCUCGCCGAUAAGUUCUCCGGCUUCAAGAACAUGAAGCCCCACUUCGGUGCCUUUGGUAAGGGACCUUGCGGAAAGGCUGGAAAGGGCGCGCGACCGGAUGCGAAGCACCCACACAAGACAGAACACGGAGAUAACGACAGCCCAUCGGAGUGGCAACAUCAUGGCCCACCUCCAUGGAAGCACCACGGCGGCCCUCAAGGCUGGAAGCACCAUGGCCCUCCUGGCAAGCAUGGCAAUCAUGGCCCACCACAUCCCUACCACCACGGCCAUCACCACAUGCACCAUGGCAAGUUUGGUGUGAUUAUGCACAAGGUCGGUCGCAUCGUGCUCACGAUAUUUGUGCCUGUCUUAUUCGGCAUCACGUUUGGCAUGGUAACUUACUUGGUGGGCAUGCUCAUCGGUGCUAUUGUUGCCGCCGUUUAUAUGAAGAUUCGCGGCCGCAAUGCCCAGUACCAGGCUGUUGCUCUAGACGAAGAAGACUGCGUCGAGGGUGACGAGACACCGAGGUGCAGCUUGGAGAAGGAUGGCUUCAAGGACGAGGAGGCGGUAGCUGAAGCACCGCCACAGUAUGUGGAGAAAGAGUAGAUACUUAUUUUAUUUUUUCUUUGUGCGAACAAACAAAUGUACGAUGUAAGAAUGGCGGGUUAGUAUGCGACAUGGAGUCCUCUGGCUGAAAUUCACUUCCUCGAUGUUUCGUAGGAGUUAAGGUCAACACAAAUAAUACACUCGCUUUCACUG